AUGAAACCCCUUACCUACCUCUCCCUCCUCCUCGGCAUCUCUGCAACCACCACCCUCGCCGCUCUCCGACCAGACGCAACCCCCGAUGAGGUCGCCGCGGCGGUAGCUGAGUGCGGGCCCCUGGGCGUGAUGAGGAUCGACCCAGCAGAGCUGCCCGAGGGCAUUAAAAUGUCCGAUGUCCGCAUGUGCGCCGACCAUCCUCUCAGCGCAAGGGCACACCCGGGUCCUGGGGCUUUCGCCAGGUUCCGUCAGUUCUUGUCGAGUUGGGUGUUUUGA